AUGUGGUUAAAGCCACAACUAUUAGAGUGGUUCUAUCUAUUGUUGUCAGUUCAAAGUGGGAAGUUAGACAACUGGAUGUCAAAAAUGCCUUUCUCCAUGGCUUCCUAUAAGAUGAGUCAACCUCCUGAUUUUAUUGAUCCCCAAUAUCCUCAGCAUGUGCGUUUACUUAAAAAGUCAUUGUAUGAUCUUAAACAAGCACUAAGAGCCUGGUUUGAUAGGUUUAGCAUGCAUCUCUUACACCUUGGUUUCAUUUGUAGUAAGACUGACCCUUCCUUAUUUACUUUGCAAACUCACAAAGGAAAAAUAUUUCUUUUGUUAUAUGUGGAUGAUAUUAUUGUCACAGGAAGUAAUCCAUCUCAUGUCUCAGAGUUAGUUCUACAACUUGGGAAUGAGUUUGCUAUGAAAGAUUUUGGCCCUUUACACUUCUUUCUAGGAGUUGAGAUGAAGUAUUUCGAAGGAGGAAUUCACUUAAAUCAAAACAAGUAUGAUGCUGAGCUGCUGACCAAGACAGAGAUGACUUUGGCAAAGGUUGUAUUCACUCCUUUGGCUCAAAAACACGGUCUGCAUGAAGUUGUGGGAAGUCUUGUAAAUGCCUCAUUGUACAUAAUGAUAGUAGGGAGCCUUCGGUAUUUGACCCUCACAAGACCUGAUAUCACUCAUGCUGUGAAUCUAGCAAGCCAGUUUAUGCAAAGCCUAAACAUUGAACAUCUUCAAGGGGUAAAAAUGAUUCUCAGGUACAUUAAAGGUACUCUACACUUUGGACUCAGAAUUAUUUCACAAUCACCAUGUACGUUGUAUGUCUACUCAGAUGCUGAUCGGGGAGGUUGUACCAGCACUAGGAGAUCAACUACAGGCUAUAGCAUCUACCUAGGUGCAAAUUGUUUUUCUUGGACCUCCAAGAAACAGACCACAAUAGCCCGAUCGAGUGCUGAAGAUGAGUAUAGAACACUAGCCUCCACUGCCGCAGAAAUGACUUGGAUUUUGUAUCCUCUUCAUGACCUUGGAGUGUUCCUUCGAUCUGUUCAUACGUUGUAUUGUGAUAACAUGAGUGCCUUGUACAUGACGGUUAAUCCAGUUAUGCAUGCUAGAACCAACAUGUUAAAAUGGACUAUCAUUUUGUUCGUGAGAAAGUAG